CAAAGGUUGGGAGUGUUGGGUGCUUCCUUCAGUGUUCCAGAGUGUUGGGUGCUGUGAGGGACGUCUAUCUUGGUGGGGUUCUCUUGCAAAAGAACCCCUGGGGGGCCGCCUGCCCCCUGGGGGACCUCUCUCUCAGAUGGGGCUCCCCUGGGGCUGUGGCUGUCCCAGCCUCACCGGCCAUGCCAGGGGCCUCCUGACUUCCCUCGUCACUCUGCUCCUCCUCCGCCUGGGCUCAGCCCAGCUCAGAUUGGAGGGACCAGACCACCCUGUCACUGGCACCGUGGGGCAGGAUGCCGUGCUGCCCUGCCACUUGUCCCCUCAACGCGAUGCUCGCAGCUUGGAGGUCAGGUGGAUCCGGGACCAUAUCUCUGAGACAGUGCACCACUACCGCAAUGGACAGGACCUGUACAGGGAGCAAAUGGAGGCAUAUGCCGGGAGGACAGAGUUGUCCAGAGAUGGUCUCUCUGCUGGAAGCCUGGACUUACGUAUCACAGGACUGAGACCCUCUGAUGAUGGCCGGUACGUCUGCACUGUGGAAGAUGCUGAUGCUUAUAACGAAGCAGUUGUGGAGCUGGAGGUGUCAGCCACAGGUGCUGACCCUCACCUCUCCCUGGGGGGCUACGAGGCUGGAGGCGUCCGGGUGCUGUGUCGAUCGGCCGGCUGGUACCCGCUGCCGCAGCUGCUGUGGAGGGAUGCUCGCGGGCAGCACCUGCCCUCGGUCUCCCAGACACAUUCCCAGGACCAGGAGGGGCUCUUUGAAAUCGAAGGCGCCGUCACCGUGACCGGGAGCGUGGAGGGGUCCUUGUCCUGCGUGGUCAGGAGCAGCCGCCUGCAGCAGGAACGGGAAUCAUCCCUGCACAUCGCAGCUCCCUUCUUCCACAACGCCCAGCCCUGGAUGGUGGCUCUGGCUCUGGUCCUCGUGCUUUUGGCUGUGUCCAUUGGCCUGGGUGUUUAUCUCUUUCGAAAGCAAGUAAAAAAAGAUACAAAGCUGGUGGAACAAGCUGCAGAGAUAGAGGAAAAAGCUGCAAGACUGGAGGAACAAGCUACAGAGCUGGCAUGGAGAAGAUUUCUGAUGUCUCAUAAUACAGUGAAGCUGAUCCUGGAUCCAGAUACGGCUCAUCCCAUGCUUGUCCUUUCGGAGGAUCACAGGAGAGUGAGAAGGGAAACCGAACAGCAGCAGGUCCCUGACAGACCAGAGAGAUUUGACGUUCGGUUGUGUGUGCUGGGCUGCGAGGAGUUCACAGAGGGGAGGCACUGCUGGUUGGUGGAGGUGGAGGGAGAGAGGCUGAAGUUUUCACGGUGGGCUGUGGGGGUAGCCAGGGCUUCUGUGGAGAGGAAGGGGUGGAUUAACAGAAGCCCAAAAAAAGGCAUAUGGGCUGUUCAGUACUAUGAGGGGCAGCUCAUGUCUCUCACAUCUCCUCGCACGCCCUUGUCCCUGUUCUCCAUCCCCACGAGGAUUUGGGUCUGUCUGGACUGUACCCAGGGGCAGGUGUCUUUUAUCAACGCUGACAAUGGGGUCGAGAUCUUCACUUUCACAGCAGCCUCCUUCAGCGGGGAGAGAAUCCGCCCCUGGUUCUGGGUGGAGACAGUGGGAAUUCAGCUGUGCCUGAAGGACAGCGCCCCCCAGACCCUCUCCCCAGCCCUGGGGGGCUCCAGCACUUCUUCAGCCACUCCUGCAUCACCUCUCCUUGAUCCUGCAGGACCAGCACAAGAAUGAGGGGCAGUGGGGCCAGGGGCUGCCCCGUGUUCCUCCCUGCUGCUGGAGCAGGGCUGUGGUACUGCAAGCAGGGGCCAUGCCCCUUGCAGUCCCUGGACUCUGCCCUGCCCAGGGCUCCUGUGCUGGGGCACAAGCCCUGCUGGCACCCACGGCUCUCACCCUGCCUCUGAGCCCCAGCGGGCAGCACAGGGGCUGCAGCAGCUCUCCACGCUCCUCUCCCCUCUGCUUGUACUGCUUGCAGACCCCAGGGCAAGGGAUGUGGUCACUGUGUGCUGCUGGCCAGUGCAGGCCACAUUUGCCUCCUAGUUUGGGGUUGAUCUUUGCUCUGUGCCUGGUGCUGAGCAUGAGCAGCCUGUGGGGGCUCUUUGUUCCCUCCUCUGGAGCACAUCUAUGCAAGAUGCAGCAGCAGCAGGACUGUGUCAAAUAAAUUUUUGCAGAGGAA